GCUGUCUUCCUGUGGAGGCGUGCCGGUGGCGCGCUAGGGUGCUUCUGCAGCGCAGAGCGGCGGCUGGCGGCUGGUCGCUUUUUGGCGCGCAGCGAUGGCCUCAACGCGCGGUUUCGGCGCGCAGCGCAGCUCCAAGUUAUAUGUGAUUUAUAUGAGCUGCGGCACAAUGCAAAAAGGCCUUGCAGCUGAGCUAGGCCCUUUUGCGCUUUAAUUUGAGUGCGUGUUUGAAUAAUUUGAGAAUCACGGGUUUUUCAGUCAAAGCCAAUCAACAAUUUUAGCCCAAAUAUCUGGCUAGGGUACUACCCGCUGCGUGUGCGGCACCUCAUAGACCUUCACGAAGGCUUGCCGUCGAAGACUGCGCUCAAAACGGGCCUGUAUUCGCCGCAUUGCUCUCGCAACCGAGGGCACCGCAUCGGCGCUGCCCAGACGAGGAGCGCCCGUAGACGCAGACGCCACGCACGGAACGCACCGCGGACACCGUCCAGCGAACCAGCCUCAAAACCGCGCGACGAAAGGCGCCCCCAAAAAGAACACGACUCGGACCGAUGGCGGAAGCCCUCAUUCCAGUGAUAGACGUCGGUACUUUUGUCAAGAGCGGCGACGACGCCGAAGCCUGCGAAGCGGUGGCAAGGGCGCUGCACGACUGCGGCUGUUUGGUCGUCAAGGAUCCGCGCGUCGACGCUUCAAAAAAUGAAGAAUUCCUCGACCUCAUGGAGGCCUACUUCGAGCAGUCCGACGGCGUGGAAGACGCGCGACCGGACUUACAUUACCAGGUCGGCGUGACGCCGUCGGGCGUCGAGAAAGCUCGACCGCGCUGUGACGAAGCUUCCCAAUUAACCGACAAGCCGCGCUCCGAGUGCCCCCCGCAGCCGGACGCGAAGUGGCGCUUCUUCUGGCGCAUCGGGGAGCGACCUUCUCAAUCAAAAUUCGAGGAGCUCAACGCGCCCGCUGUCAUUCCCGAAGGGUUUGAUGAGUGGGAAACGACCAUGAAUGCUUGGGGCUCGUCCCUCGUAGAAACGGCGACCACCGUGGCGGAGAUGGCCGCUCUUGGGUUUGGGCUGGAGCGAGGCGCGUUCUCUUCGAAAAUGAAUAAAGCGCCGCACUUGUUAGCGCCCACUGGUUCGGAUCUGAGAUUACUAGCGGAGGACGAGCCGCCCCUGAAAAGGAAGGCCCAUGAGGUGAGACUUGGGACCGUGUUGGCUGGUUUCCACACGGACCUGAACUUUUUAAGUGUACAUGGCAAGUCGCGCUUCCCGGGGCUGACCGUCUGGACGCGUUCUGGUAGAGCCGUGGCUCCGGUGAUACCGGAGGGGUGCUUGCUGCUCCAGGCGGGCCAGCAGUUCCACCACCUGACCGCUGGACACGUUUUGGCCGGUUUUCAUGAAGUUGUGGCCUCGGAAAAAACGGCCGUUGCCGCCCGGAAAGCGAAGGCUUCUGGUAGAUCGCUGUGGCGCGUGUCGUCGACGUGCUUCGCCCACAUCGCGUCGGACGAGGUGCUCGAGCCGCUCGGGCGGUUUGCGACUUCUGACGCGGCGGCGGACUUCCCCCCGACGCUGGCCGGGGACCAGGUCAAGGCCGAGCUCAUUGCGAUUUCACUCGCGUGACCACUAUCUUUGUAAGAUGUUAUCGUAUAUUACACAGGAAGGGGGAACACAUGUCUUCGCGCAAUUGUCGUUGUCGCGACGUACGCCAUCGAGUCUAGCCAUCGAGUAGUCGCGUCGACAGCGUUGACGUCGGCUCAGAG